AUGGGGAAGAUUUGUGACAAAGUGCAUGGUUUAAAGCCAAUUAUAAUGAUGGUGUUUAUACAAAUAGGUUAUACAGGAAUGACUUUAUUGUAUAAAUUAGCAUCAAAUGAUGGAAUGAGUUUAAGGAUUUUAAUUGCUUAUCGAUUCCUCUUUGCUUCCGCUACCGUUCUUCCUUUAGCUCUCUACUUUGAUAGGAAGAGUAGGCCAAAAAUGACAUGGAUGGUAAUGUUGCUUGCGUUUCUUUCUGCACUCUUUGGGGGUUCAAUGCCACAAAAUUUGUUUGCAGCAAGUUUAGUCCUAACUUCAGCAACUUUUGCUACAGCUACACUUAAUCUCAUACCCGGCAUUACUUUCAUUAUAGCCACAUUCUUUAGGUUGGAGAAGUUGGAUUUGAAGACAAGGGAAGGAAAAGCAAAAGUGUUGGGUACAUUAAUUGGAAUAGGUGGGGCUAUGCUUCUCACUUUUUACAAAGGCUUGGAAAUUAAAACUUGGUCAAUUAAACUUGACCUCAAAGGACACGUGGCAGCCUCUCAUCAAAUCCAAAAACCAUAUGCUCAUAUUUUGGGUCCUAUUUUGGCUAUUUGUAGUUGCUUUUCCUCAGCAGUAUCCCUCAUUUUUCAGGUAUGA